UGCAACUUAAAAGUAACACAUCUUAAACAACGUUCUGCAGCACCUGCUGUUGGAGUCCCCCAGGACAGGUGGCCAGAUCUGCUUGAGUGCAUGCAGUCUCUACUCCUGUGUACUCCCUAUGCAGCUUGGGUCUGAGGGGCGGGCACAGGCACAAGCAGCUUUGGAUCGAGAUGGCACCAGGUUCUGGAGCCAAGGCUACAGCAGUCCCAGUGUGAGCAUGAGCCCCACUGUCAGGCAGGUGAGAGAACACUCUGUGCUUCACACCUGAUUGUUUUCAUGCCCUUGAGAGCCUGGCUGGCACCACUUAUACAGGCUGGGAGUCUGCAGCCUGCUGGCUCUGAGGCUAGCCUGGGUGCCCAGAGUGACCCUCAUACUUGGCAAACUUCUUCACUCUAGUCUGAAUAUGCUUGGGUGGUUUCUGCAAGUAGGUUUUACGUUUCCUCUUCCACCCAGGUGCAUCUUUAUUUCCUAGGGAAGGUCCCCUGCUUCAGUGGUGAAUGAGAAGGACAUGAACCACAACAUCGCCCCCACUGCGCUCCUUCUUACUUCACCUGGGGUAACUGGCAGCCUGGCACCGACUGUUGCUGUUGUUUCUAUAUCAGCUGCUGGGAAGCCACCUGAGGGAAGGAAGACCAGCGCGUUGCCAAGGAGCAAAGAAGACAGCCGGGUGAUGGGAAGAGGAAACCUGCAGUCCACCAUGCUGGAAGGGCAUGGCACAGCUCCACUCGAUCUAGACCUUUCAGCCAUCAAUGACAAAAGCAUGUUCAGAGAGCCUCCCCAGCUAGACAGGACAGCAUCAGAGAAAUCCGAGUCGACAUCCUUCACCACCCCUCAGAGAAAGAGAACCCUUCACAAGAAGAGACGGGAUCUGCAGCAGACCAUGGACAUGAUGGAGUCACAGACACUGCUGCUGACCCUGCUGUCUGUGAAGGUAGAAGAGAACCUGGCUCUGCUGGAGGAGAAGGCUGAGAAGGACUUGGCAGCCAUGUGCCGAGAGAAGGAGAGGCUACAGGGGCGGGUGCUGGAGCUGCGGCGCCAGCUGCUGCUCCGGCAGAAGCACCAGGAGCUGGCUGCCAGCCUGGAUGCCCAGAUGGAAGUGCUGGGCCCUUUCCAAGCCCUAGCAGAGCACUUCAAGGAGCAAUACAAGACAUUGGCCACAGCCUUGGACACCACUCGACAUGAGCUGCCCAUGCAGGCCAUCCACAUGCAGGGAAGUGGACAGGAGCUCCUAGAUGAUCUGCAGCCAGCCCUGAGGACCACCCUGCAGCUCCUGAGCGAGCUGGGCAUCUGCUCCCAGGACUCCACUGCACAGGUGCCGGAGGAUGCCAGUGCACAAGUGCUGUGCCUGCUGGAGGAGCUCAGGGACUUGACCACCAAGAAGGACCUGGAACUCCACAGGAUCAUGUGCCAGGUGCUAGAACUUUCCUCCCAGGCCAGUAAAGAAGCAGCAUUGGUAAACCAGGAAGUCUGGGAAGAGGCCCAGGGCACCCCUACCUGCAGCCAGUGGUACUUCAGUCCAGAUGCCCUCAGGGACCACAGCCCCUGCCCUGGACAGGACUAAGCACAGUGUGGGCCUGACCCUUGAAUGGCUCCAGGAAGCCUGUCUGCCACUUUGUUUCCCCACUGCCUUUUCAGCCGCUUAUACUCCUUCCUCGUCUUUUCCUCGUACGAAGGAAGUUCGGUGUUGCAGUUUUAUGAACCCUGGCCCUUGCGCUUGCUAGGCGAGCACUCUACUGCAGAGCUAAAUCCCCAACAC